AUGCCAUUCCGCUAUAGUCUUACCGGCGCUGCCUUGCCCGCCCACAUCAUCACCCAAACCUCUCGAGCAGCAUCAUGGGGCUGCCGUCGUUUCUUCCACCCAACUCUAUGCGUCCGCGGCCUUGAGACCAAUAUUAGCGGCCAUGAUAACCACUAUGAGACAUUGAACGUCCCGUUGAACGCCUCGCCAGCGGAUAUUAAAAAAUCCUUCUACGUCCUCUCCAAACGCCACCACCCCGACCACAACCCCUCCGACCCUCACGCCUCCACGCGCUUCAUGCGCAUCAACGAAGCCUACUCCAUCCUCAGCCACGCCGACAAGCGCGCCCGCUACGACCGCGACCACCUCCGCCUCAACCCACACUACCACCACCACCCUGGUAACCGGCCCGGCGGCUCCUACCACAGCAGCUCCUCCAACAACCCGGCCGGCGGGCGCCCCGCUUCGGGCCUCAGUCGGCGCCGGGGAACGUACCAGGGCCCGCCGCCGAGCUUUUAUCGGAGUGGGGGGUGGGGGGUGCAUGGGGCGAAGAGACGGGCUGCGCAUGAGCAGAGUACGGGCGGGGCGGAGUCGAGGUAUGCUGGGUCGGCUUCUUCGUCGUCGUCAGAGUCAUCAUCGGGGGAGACGUCGGCAGGGGGAGGUAAUGCGGGUGGACAGGGACAUACACCACCGCCGCCGGGUGGUGGUUCUAGCGGAACCGGUGGACUGGGCGGGAUGGGUCCCGGGCAACGGCCGUUUAAAGACGAUGUCGACUACGACACGCCGCAUUUCAACCGUAAAGCGCACGAGCGGGCGCAACGGCGGAGUGAUGACCGACGGGCACACAAGCAGGCUAGAGAAAAGGGCGUGGAUAUUGACCAUGAGGAAACUAAUACCACGAUGAGCUUCUUUGGGGUUGUGGCUAUUUUGGGCGUGGUGGUGCUUGGCCCGAUAGGUCUAUUUACUGUACUCAUUGAAUAA